AUGGCCCCAAGAUUAAUAACCCGCAAGAUUGUAUUCCCCCAGGCAGGAUCCCGAUCACGAUGCCUGCGAAGCUUUGCCCGCCUCACCACAUCCAACACUCGAUCACGACCGGUCCUGCCUUUCCUCUUCAUCCCUAGAGCGAGCCCCAACUCUGUACGGUGCUAUACAUCCGAGCGACGACGAUGGUGGAAGCACGAGGCGAAGCUCGUGGUGCGAUACACCCUCACAUUGUGGGGAGCAGUGGUGUGCGUCCUGACGAUCCUGUUCGCCAUCAAUGAAGAGGUCGUGGAACGAGACUUCCCUACGCCACACGAAUGGCACUAUCUGACGAGGAAAUUCUUGCGCGAUGCGAACAACUUCAAAGACCCGAAGAAUGGAGAGGUCAAUUGGGCUAGAGCUUUGGAGCUGUCACGAGGAGUGGUCAUCCGGCUGGAAGAUCCGAAGACGGGAGGACAGGACGUUGCGAAGCUCUCGGAUAUCGUCGAUCCAUCGCUAGAGGUGCCUGGCGAGUUCAUCGCCUGCGAUAUCUCAAAGAAAUCCGAGGAAUGGCGAAGAGGCUACUUCGAAGCCAUCAUGCUGGCCGCCAAAGCCGCAGAGCACGUUGACGGCUGGCAGCGAGACAUCACGCGCAACAUCGUCACCCCUCCCGAGUUCGUCAUCGGCCCGUCCAAUCCUCACCCAUCUCCCAUCCCACCAGGCAACCCCUCCGCUCCUCGCGAGGAGGAUUGCGAGCUCGCUUACCCGUCCGCCGACAACUGGUAUACCAAGAUCCUCGCAACCAAAGGCCUGAACCCCCGCCAAACGGUAGAAGCAUGCCUGGAAUACGCAAGCUUCAUGGAGUUCAAGGGCAAUCCUCAAGGCGCCGAGUCUCUCUACAAACUAGCACUAGCCGAGGCAACCGCCGAUGUAGACCCAAAGAAACUGCCAUACGACCCAAAAACCCUAAUCCUAAAGGAUCGCGCCGAACCGCCGUCAAUGAACGUCCUCAGCGCCCUGACAGCCAUGACCAACCACACGGCCCGCAAAGGCGACCUCUCUUCCGCCCUCCCAAUGUACCUUUCCAUCCUCAAAGCCAGCCGCUCACUCUCCAACGACCCACCCCGCACACCCUUAACCAAACCCAAGCGCGAACCCAUCUAUCAGCAGAUAUUGAACGUUUUCGCCCCGCCAGAUUAUCCCCCGCCCCCACCUGAUGGGACAUCACCCCCCUGGAGGAGCACCCUAGAACGCUGUCAAGAAGCUGCUCUCAAUCUAUACAUUGGCGAAAUCCUCUUUGCAACGGGCUCGCGCGACGACGGCCUAGCCUGGACGAGAGAUGGAGUCGAUCUAGCAGAAGAACAGCUUCGAAACCCGAAAAUAAACAACGACGGUCGUGAUACGAAAUCAACAUGCAGAAACUGUCUAUCUACCGGGCUAGACAACUGGUCCAUCAUGGUAUCGACAUUGGCAAAGGAAGAAAAGGACAAGAAGGCUACAGGAUCUCAGCCAUCCGUGUUCUCCUUCUGGAGUGGACCGUCACGAGAAACAGAAGGUCGCUGGGAAGCCGAAGAGGCAGUUAUUCAAGACCGCGUUAAGCGGACACGGGAAUUGUUGGAGGAUAUACAGGCGCAAAAGCCUGGCAUUAUGACUUAUUUCAAGGUUUAA